AACAGUGUGAAAAUGGUUGACGACGACAUUGCAGCUUUAGUAAUUGACAAUGGGUCUGGAAUGUGCAAAGCUGGAUUCGCCGGAGACGAUGCUCCCAGGGCUGUGUUUCCCUCGAUUAUUGGACGCCCAAGAUACCAAGGUGUCAUGGUGGGUAUAGGGCAGAAGGAUACGUAUGUAGGAGACGAGGCCCAGAGCAAAAGAGGUAUGCUCACCCUCAAGUACCCAAUCGAACACGGCAUUGUCACCAACUGGGACGACAUGGAGAAGAUCUGGCACCAUACAUUUUACAAUGAACUCCGUGUGGCCCCGGAGGAACACCCCGUUCUCCUGACCGAGGCCCCACUCAACCCUAAGGCUAACAGAGAAAAAAUGACACAGAUCUUAUUCGAAACUUUCAACUCUCCAGCCAUGUAUGUUUCUAUCCAGGCCGUGCUUUCACUGUAUGGCGCUGGUCGUACAACAGGAAUCGUCCUCGAUUCUGGGGAUGGUGUUUCUAACACGGUACCCAUCUAUGAAGGUUAUGCCCUUCCCCACGCCAUCGCACGAUUAGAUCUCGCUGGUCGUGAUUUGACUGAUUACCUCAUGAAAAUCCUCACAGAGCGUGGUUACUCUUUCACAAACACGGCCGAAAGAGAAAUUGUUAGAGACAUUAAAGAGAAACUGUGUUAUGUUGCUCUAGACUUCGAACAGGAAAUGGCAACGUCUGCGUCUUCAUCAUCCAUAGAAAAGAGUUAUGAACUUCCUGAUGGUCAAGUCAUCACCAUUGGCAACGAGCGAUUCAGAUGCCCAGAGGCUUUGUUUCAACCUGCUUUUCUGGGAUUGGAACCUUCUGGUAUUCACGAAACCACAUAUAACAGCAUCAUGAAAUGUGAUGUCGAUAUCCGUAAAGAGUUGUACGCAAACACAGUGUUGUCCGGUGGUUCAACCAUGUAUCCCGGUAUCGCUGACCGUAUGCAGAAAGAAAUUACAGCGUUAGCUCCGAGCUCAGUGAAGGUACGAAUAAUUGCCCCACCAGAGAGGAAAUACUCCGUUUGGAUCGGUGGUUCUAUCCUUGCUUCUCUAUCCACCUUCCAACAGAUGUGGAUCAGCAAACAGGAGUAUGACGAAUCCGGUCCAUCUAUCGUCCACAGGAAAUGCUUCUGAUGAUAUAAUGAUAAUUAUUUUUUCACAUAAAACAUCGCCGUCUGUGAUUGCUCAUAUCAUAUUCUCAUUUUGAGAUCUUAAAAAACGUGUCUGAUUCAUUUAAAGGAUUUUUGACAUUAAA